AGUUUAAUUCUAAAACAAAUUAAAUAGUUAUCACGGAGGGUUGAAAUUCAUUUUUCACAUGGAUGGAAUGACUUGGAAAAUGGGGGUUAAGAAAAUACUAAUACAAACAUUUUAAAAUUUUAACACAAUGUCCAAAUGCCACUUUAAAUUCUUAACCAAUGUAUUAUUAAUAUAUUAUCAAGUGUCACUGCUUGAAUAUAGUUUAACAUAUUAAGAUAUAUCGAACAUAAUGUUCAAACAUUACUUCAAUUCCUAACCAAUAUAUUUUGUCAAGGUAUCGUAGAUUCGAAUCUCCACCGCCUGUACUAAAAAAAAUAUAUAUGUAGGCAUAUACGUAGGCAUCACUCUUGUUCGUCGUUACUAAAUAAUAAUCUAUUUCUCGAAAAAUUGUGAGAGCACAGGAAUGCCAGUUAGGAACUUUGAACUUGGUUGAGCUAUGCCAAAGUGUCCUAGUCUUAGUGCCAUCAUCCAUCUCCUGCAAGUGGUUGCUGAGGUAGUUGAGCUUCAAAACCCAACUCAUGGCUUCCCCUCCAAUCUUUUCUCACCCCAUCUCUCUCACCUAUAAACUUCCUUCAUCAUCCUCCUCUCUUCCCUGCAACAAACUUCCCAAUGGAGCCAUUUGUUCUUCCCUUCACCCGCUCAAUCUCGGUGCUAGCUCUGRCAUUCACGGUAGCAAUUUUCCCUGUUUCGGGUCAGAUCAAUUCACCUUGCAAUCCUUCCGUGAUUGCCCGCUUCACUCCCUGCAUGAACUUGCUCACAAACAGCACAGCAAAUGGGACUUCACCAACUGCAGACUGUUGUGAUUAUCUAAGGUCACUCACCAGCACAGGAAUGGACUGCCUCUGCCUCAUCGUCACCGCAAGCGUUCCCUUCCAAUUACCGAUCAAUAGGUCGUUGGCCAUCUCUCUUCCUCAAGCCUGUAACAUGCCUGGCGUACCCGUCCAGUGCAGAGCCUCUGCUGCUCCUAUCCCAGCUCCAGGUCCCAUCCCACUUGGUCCUGCUCUCUCGCCUGAAGCUUCAUCAACUCCACAAGCUUCUGGGAUUCCUCAACCCGCCGUGCCUGCGCAGUCGCCUGAAGCUGACACGACACAGUUUCUUACUCCGCCUUCAACUGGGGGAGAUGAGACUCCGACCUCGAACACCGAGGGCAGGACUGGGAUUUCCCCUGAGCUGACUCCGUCAUCUGCCGCCAUACCCUGUUGCAGCUUCUUGACUUAUCUACCAUUGUUGGCAUUGAGCUGUGUGGUUUUGAAGCUAUACUAGAUUACUUAUUCAAAAUCUGUUGAUUUGUUUGAAGAGUGUGGAGUUAUUCUUUUGAGUGGAAUAGUAAUUUGAUGAGUUUUUCUUUUCCUUUUUUUUUUUGGGCUUUUAUACGGUUGAGAUGAGUGAUUCGUUGCAUGCUAAAAAAGCAGACAAACAGAGUUGUCUGUUAUUCCUUUUGUUUCAAAUUUUUAUUUCUUUUCUAGAGUUUGUUACUUUGUUUAGGUGUUGGGUAUGAGAAGUAAUUAUUUAACUAUUAUAAUCGUGGAAAACUACAUUUUAGUCCCCCAUGAUAUCAUCUAAAAUAAUACUUUCAAACUUAA